ACAUUAGCUUCAGUCUACAUUUAAAGAGUGAUGUUUGGCAGUUUCCAAGCAACACAGACUGCCACGGUCACCCAAACAUGCGUCAUAUCCUACAGACAAAGACUCCUGAGCGCGUCCCAUUCUGCGCUCUCUUCCAGCUGCGCUCACAAAGAGCUUCGUUGCAGAAAGGAGCACAUUCUGCUGUAGCAUCUGUUUUCGUGGAAACAUUCAUAAUUACAAAGGGUUGAUGUGUUUUACCAAUAGGACCUAUUUAAAAUUCACCUAAAUUAAAACAGCUUUUUGUGGAGUUUGACUUGGUUUUAGAUAACCCUUCAUACCGGAUAAUCUGAGUCGCAGAGGUGCGUCCCGUUCAGAACCCCGGUGCAGCUCGUGUUGAACAGGACAGGACGGGACAGCAAUAUCCCCUCUGUUUUUCGGAGCCAAAGAAACGUAAGCGUUAGAUGGGAAAUGUGUUCGUGACAAACAUCAACGCUAUUACGCAUAUUGAUCGUCGGUCACCUGUUGAUGCCUGGUGCUCCGGGAGCUUCUCAACUUUGUUAAUGCCAAACGUGAAGUGAACGGCGCUGGAACAAAUGCCCGAUCCGUCCACAGCACUACAGGGCGCACUGAUUUUCCGUUAUGCGGUAGGAUGAGCGCUGAUCUGGAGCGCGCUUCGCCCAACACUUCGGUGAACUCGGCCGUCUUAGGGGGCCGUGCGCUCUCGACAAAUGUCCGCAGGCUCCAUAACACCCUCAACCUGCUGCUAAAUGACCUGGAGAGAGAGCAGUUUAUCCAUUGUCUAAAUGUUUACCACGCCAAACGCAACGUCUUCGACCUUGUCCAAACUCUCAAAGUGAUUCUCAACACGCCCGGGAAGCGACAGCUGCUGCCCAAGCUGCGCCUGGUCAUCCCAAGAUCCGACCAGCUCCUCUUUGACCAGUACACUUCCGAGGGGCUCUACCUGAAGACAGACCUGCUUCCCAGCAACGGCAGCGCGGAAAGCUUAGGAGACGAGGGCGAUUCGACACUGCAUACGUAUGUCAGCUCAAUCUGCGAGCAGCCUCUCACGACGGGCUGCCCGGAACCCACAACUUCCAUGGCCCCUCUGUUCACUGAGGGCCUCUUUGGAGAGGUGCGCCAAGUUACCCUGACGCGCUCCAGGAGUCACGAAGGUCUGGGCUUCAGCAUCCGCGGGGGAUCAGAGCACGGCGUGGGGAUCUACGUGUCUCUGGUGGAGCCGGGCUCAUCGGCCGAGAGAGAAGGACUGAGAGUUGGGGACCAGAUAGUAGCAGCGAACGACUCUGUGUUUGAAGCUGUAACUCACACAGAAGCGGUGAAGGUGCUAAAGGGAUGCAAGAAACUGACCAUGUCAGUGUGUUCAAUGGGUCGCAUCCCAGGAGGGUAUAUGACCAACCAAGUGUACAGCUGGGUGGACCCUCAGGGCCGGAGUGUGUCUCCACCACCUGACACCCAGGAGGUCAACCCGAGGCAAGGACACAGCAUGGAGGAGAAGACGGUCAACCUUAAUAUGGACAAUGGUCGCUCUCUGGGUCUAAUGAUAAGGGGUGGGGCUGAGUACGGACUGGGAAUCUACAUCACAGGAGUGGACCCUGGAUCUGCUGCACAUGCUGGUGAACUAAAGGUGGGUGACCAAAUCCUGGAGGUGAAUGGUCAGAGCUUUGUCACCAUCUCCCAUGAUGAGGCAGUUAACAUUCUCAAGUCAGGGCACCACCUACUGAUGAGAGUGAGGGAUGUAGGUCGUCUGCCUCAUGCACGGACAAUUGUGGACGAGACCAAAUGGAUCUGCGGUCAGGUCAUAGCUGAGACCAAUGCAACAGCUGCCAUAAAUUCUGUCUCAAAUCCCAGUGUCGGUGCUGGAAGCAUCACAGCCAGUGGCAACAAUACAAGACCAUCUUCUGCCAGAGCUACGCCUGUAUUUGGAAAGUCAGCAGGGUACAGAGGGCUUAGCCCACCUGGUGCUCAGGUGUCUCUAGAGCAACAGGCCUACAUGCUGCUGACAGAACAGGAGAGGCAGACCAUGGCAUACUACCUGCAGGAGUAUCAGCAAGGACACAUUGAUGUGGAACCAUUGACCAUGGCUCUCUUUGAGCUUUUCAACACCCACGCAAAGUUGUCUAUGUUGUCUGAGGUCAGGAGUUUAGUGGCUCCUCAGGAUCUGGAGGUAUAUGACAGGCUGGUGUUGCACCAUCGAAGGGAGGCUCAUCAGGCCUGGCAAGGAGGUCUUAAAGUUCUACAUCCAUCAGGCCAUUGUAACCUUGCAGCUCCUGUGAUACAUGAUGCAGGACAGCCCAUCUGUUCAGUGGUAACUUCCCUCUUCAUAACACCUGGCAAUGCUAAGGCUUCCACUGCUGGCAGGGUAGACAAAGAACAAGAGAAGAACAUAAAUGCCUUCCGAAACAUUUCACUGGAUGAAAUGAAGUCUUCUCCUCCACCCUUCAGAGCUACAUCUAUCCCGGCCCAAAACAUUCUAACCAGGGAAAAAGAGCUCAGCCAGCAGCCUUCAGCCCAGCUGCUGCAGCCCAGUUCCAGCGUGCCCCUCCCUGGGCCCACUCGCCUGCUUCAAGAAUGUCUCCAGAAGUCAUUUAAAUCCCUCCCCAUCUGCCAACAGCCCUCCUUAACAUCUGCCCAACAUGCCUGUGCUGCUACAAAACAUCACACCACUCACAAUGCUCUCCAUCAUACCUGCCAUAGCACCCCUCACCUCUCUGACUCAGAGCAAGACAUCCAUCCACAUUUUACGCAGCAUGUUUACCAGCAUGCUGGCCAUUACAGCCGACCCAGUUCAGGACACCACACCUGUCCAGGCUUCCUGCACCAUCGGGAUUCCUCGAUAUCUGUUAAACCAGAGGCAGCGGUCAAACUCUCUUCUAGGUCAAGCUCCUAUGAAAAAUCAGCUGUUCUCUUGAAGUCUGCCUCCUCUUCUAAAGCUGCAUCUCCAGUGCCAUCACCUCAUCCAUCACCACAUCCUUCCCCGUGUCCCUCCCCAUGUCCCUCUCACAUGAUACCUACUGCUCUAUCCUGUAGUCCAGACCGGCCCUGCUCACCUGCCCUCACCCAUAAAAUCAUCAUAACAGACAUGAACCGCCUAUCUGCUGACUCCAGGCAACAGCAAAGAGGUGCCACCCUGUCUCAGCUGUCAGACAGUGGUCAGACUCUGAGUGAGGACAGUGGUGUCGAUAUAGCAGAUGCAGGAGGCCUUAGUAAGGAUGGCAGCCCAAGACCAAGCAAGAAUAAACAGGGACAUCUGAAACAGCAAGGGGCCCACGUGCCUCCUACAGGGGCCACAAGACAACAGACAAGCUCACCCAUUUCAGCACUCAACACUGUCCUGGUACGAGUGGUGAAAAAUGCCAACACCUUGGGCAUUGCUAUAGAGGGAGGAGUGAAUACACGACAACCUUUGCCACGGAUUGUGACUAUUCAGAAAGGAGGCUCAGCUCAUAACUGUGGCCAGCUGAAGGUUGGUCAGGUCAUCCUGGAAGUCAACGGAAUUUCCCUGAGAGGAAGGGAGCACAAAGAGGCUGCCCGAAUAAUUGCUGAAGCCUUCAAGACCAGAGAGAAGGACCACAUUGACUUCUUGGUGGCUGAGCCAGGGUUCUAGUAGAAAGACAAUCACUCUGUACACUUUAGUUUGAAAUGACAAUGUUAUGCACCAUUGAGAACUGUCAAUGAACGCCCUCUAAUAAUUGUCCUUAUUUCAUUUCAGGGUUAUAGAUAUCACAAAGAUGUGUUGGAUUUCUGAAUUUAACUGCUUUCUAUAGAGAUUUCCACAUGCUAAUUAAACAAAAGGAACUUAGAUUAAUAUUUCUUUGCGUCAGACCUUGGUCUAAUGUUAUUACUUUAGUUUUAUAACAAGAAAUGUUUUAACUCUUUGAGUGGUUUGUUCAACAUUAGGGCAGUCUGGGGAAAAACAAUAUGUCAAAAAAAUAACUUAGGGCCAUGUUUGUUAGUUUGCAGAAUAAAAUCACAUCAUGCACACCCAGUUGUUUUAUUAUUUUAGAUUUUCUUAACAAUCAAGUUAAGGAAAAUACCACAAAGCCGAAUACAAUUUAAAGGAGAACAAAGGAAAAAGCAAAAAAAGAAAUUAGCUUCUUUAUUAGGUGAUGAAAGUUAUAUAGAGAUCAUUAAUUUGAUAUAAGUUUUAGUCUCUCAGGAAAGGUUUGUCAACUUUAAAUAAAAGGUGACUACUGGAAAUGCAAGGCUUUUGUUGACUCUGUUUAAAGACCCAGCUUAGGGCAGUCAGUUGACAGCCAAAUAUGUUUCACUUCUUUUUUUUUUUUUUCUAAAUGUCAGAAAGAAAUGUAAUGAGUGUGAUUUGGCUCCAACUGAAAAAACAACAAUCAGAUUGAAAACAUUAAGAAGGGGAAAGGUUCAGUGGAAAUACAAAUCAUUAUUGCUCUAGUGACUAUAAGUACACUUUUUAAAACAUUUAUUCAAAUUGCAUUCAACUGAAGUUUAAUAAUACUCUUGUAUGUUGCCAGGGAAAGUCUGGAAAAGUCUUUUCCUCAUCACAGAUUUCUUCAGUUCUUGGUUUUUGUCACACUUAAAUUUUUCAGACUCAUCAAACAAAUUUAAUAUCAGAAAAAUGUGUCCUGAGUAAAUAACAUUUUCAAAUGAUGAUUUCAUUUAUUAAGAGAAACGUAAGCUAUCUAAAUGUGAGCAAACUAAUGAUCUGCCAUUCUUAUUCUACUGGAGACUAGAACUUAUAGUUCUAUGAAUUACAGCAAGCCAUCCAGUUUCAAAAGCAGCAAAGCAACCCCAGUCCAUCAGACUUUCAACACCAUGUAUGAUGGUCUUUUUUUAAUGUUGUGUAAGUUUUGUUCCAGAUGUAACAUGACACAAACCUUUCCAAAGUUCCACGUUUGCCUCAUCAAUCCAAAGAAUAUUUCUCCAAAAGUAUUUGGAGACCAUUAGGACCAUUGUCCUGUGAAUGGUCUAAUUCAGAUGAGUCAAUGACUGCAAAGCGUCCUUGUCAAGAGGCUGUAAAACAAGCCCUUAUUAUCAGCCUUCUCCACCUCUGUCCUUGAAAUCUGGUAUGAGGUCCUUGGCCUGAUAUGUUGAUUUUAGUUAUGAACUGAAAAUGGUGCUUUUCAUUAUAGCCAAACAUCUCUAAUUUGGUCUCACUGGUUUAGAGGACAUAGUUCAUUUAAGUCUUAAAUCACAUUGACAUUUUUUUUAAAGACAAGAGACUUCUCCUGGCAAACCUUUUAAACAAGCUAUACGUCAAUCGCCCAUCACAAGACAAAAUAGUGACACAGGACAAACAACCAUGCACCUACACACUCAUACAUAAGAGCAAUUUAGAGAGACUGAUUUACCUAACACUUGUGUUUUUGGACUGUGGGAGGAAGCCAGAGUACCCAGAGAGAACCCAUGCAUGCACAGGGAGAACAUGCAAACUCCAUGCAGAAAGAACCCAGGCAGGGAUUUGAACCCACGAUCUUCUUGCAGGGCAAUAGUGCUACCAGCUGUGUCACCAUGCAGCCCCCUUUUUAAAUAAGCCAGACUUUUUUACUGUUUUACCCAUUGUUCUGCCAUGAACUUUAACUUUUAACGUGCUAACUGAGGCCUAUAUAGUCUAAGUAUUUCUUGGGUUUUUGUAAUUUCUCCUUGCAUUGAACAUUCUGACACUAGAUUUGACACUGGGGAUAUUCCUAACUUAGUUUCUUCCACUUCUGAAUGAUAUUUCUGCCUGUAGAAUGAUUUACUUCAUUGUUUGAAUAUGGCCAUAUAACCUUUAUCAAAUGCAUGGGCAGCAACAGCAGCUCCUCUAAAAACAUUGUUGAUGUCUCUCCUCCCAGCAAAUCUGCAGUUAUAGAGACAGUCAUACUUGAAGUUAAUCAGCAAUAUUUUAAUAGCAGCACUUGGCUGUUUAUUUUCAAAGUUCUCUGGAAGUAGCAACAGCUUCCCAUGACAGUUGUGACAUUAACAGAGAUAUUCUUUGUCCCAUUGCUGUUUAAUCUGCUUUUUGCGUCCAUUUCUGAUAAUUUUCUUAUUUAAAUAGUAGAGAUUUAUAUUUGUAUUACUAGUUUUAAAAUAAUAUUGCACUGGUUUACUGUUGGGGAAUGUCACAGACUUUAAGAAAUAUGUGUCCCAACAUUUAUUUGGCCAAUACAACUUAAGGUGGAUGAAGGAACAACUCAGACUCUGUAAAUGACACAGAGCAUUCUAACAAGUAAUACUCAACACAAUUAUACUGAGAUGAGUGACAGUGAAUACUACGGAGCCCGCAAAGGGAAAUGGCGGGAUUUUUUUUUUUUUUUGUGUGUGUCCACGCAAUACUUUUUGCAUUCUCACGCAAUAGUCUUUGCUUUCCUACACAAUUGUCUUUGCGUUAUCUCGCAAUACUUUGUGGGAUAGUUUCCAAACCAGACAACUGGAAAAAUGGAACAGACCAGUUUUUGAGAUUUAUUGAGUUUUAUUUUGAAAUAAGCCUUAAAUAAAAGGAUAUUAAAUCACACUUAAAGACAGUUAUAAUCCACAAGCUGUCAGACUACUGAACUCUGGAUAAUAAGCCACAUUUGUGACACUUUAUUAGCUUAAUGCUGCUGCACGAUGUGUACUUUUUUUAUUGCACGCCAUUAGUGGUUUUGUUUUUAUAGUGAGUUGCACAACUUUUGCGAGGGAACACAAAGGUAUUGCGUGGUAAUGCAAAAAGUGUUGCGAGUGCAAAAUAAAAAAAUCCCCCCAUGUCCCCUCGCAGGCUUCAUAGCAUUUUAUUUAAGGCUGAUUUCAAAGUAAAACUCAAUAAAUCUCAAAAACGUGUGUUUGUUCAGUUUUUGCAGUUGUCUGGUUUGGAAACUAUCCCACAAAAUAUUGCGAGAUAACGCAAAGACAAUUGCGUGGGAACGCAAAAAGUAUUGCAUAGGGACGCAAAGGAAAACAAAAAUUCCCCAUGUCCCUUCAUGUAGGAUACAAAUGUGAAAUAAUGAACAGCUGCUAAAAAUACAGUAAACACAGAAAACAUCGUAUUAAACUCAGGAACCGACAUGACCAAAAAACAAGUUUGCAAAAGAAAUAAAACUCUUAAACUCAUAUAUAUAUAAUGUCACAGAGUAUGAGCAAAAACAGACUAUAGUCAAAACAGCUGAACAAUUCCAAUCAACAUAAAUGAAACAUGUCAUCACAGCUUCAAGCUUAUGUGCAUUUAGGAAAGUGAAGGAUCCUCCACUGAGUAAGAGGUGAAUGAUUUCUAGGUCAGAGGAGAAAUGAGAACUCAAGAAAGCAAAACUUAGCAUAAUAAUAAGCAUUCAUGUCUGUUCGCUUCUAGGAGUUCACACAUUUGCAAUUAAAUGUAGGAACACAUUUACCACAAGUUGUCUCCUAGAGCAUUUUAUUAACAUGUUCGGCUAUUUUAAUGAGUACCAAGAAAAAAAUACUUUAUUAUUGUUUUUUUAGGUUUAGGAUUUUAUGUUAUGGCCUGAAACCUCCAUGUCUUUAAUGAAUUUCAUUAGACUGAAAGAACCUUGUGUAACAUUCAACCCCCUGGCAAACAUAUUGAAUCCUUACAUCUGGAGGAUAUUAAGACAUCUGUUUUACUGUGUUGCAAAGGGAAAAAAAAAAUUACAGAUGACCUUCAAUAAGGUCAACCAAUACAGAUGGCUGUGAGAUGUUGGUUGUUCCCAGUCAACUGUGUCUGAAAUUGGCAUUAAAUGUAUAUUAUUAUUAUCUUUUACAACACUUGAUCCGAUUUAAUUUUGUUUUUAAUUAUGAGAAUAUAACUUAACUUUGUUUCAGAUAUAUUUUACAAACCCAGAAUUGUUUGCUGGUAAAUGAAACAGUUUUGUAUGACGUGUACGUAUGGGUUGUAGGAUCAUUCUCAGAGCUGUUUGAAUCACCAGAAUUGCUGCAUUAUGGAAGAGGGUGGUGAAGGUUUACAGGGCAAAAAUACAUUGAAUUUACAGUAAGACAAUAAACAUAGGAGUCAGAACAGAAAUGUUAUAUGUAUUUCAAAGUUAAACAUAUUUAAGAGUUCAACUUUUAAAUACAGGCGGCGGCUUCUUUGCAUCACAAGCUGCCUGUGGCAAUAACCCGUUAAAAUGCAACCCAGCCAGGUGACAAUAAAUCAGAAUAAAUAGUAUUAAAUUAUAUUUUAGGAUUUGUCUGUUUUUGUGAUUAUAUUUUUGAUGUAGUCCAGCUACAGUCACAUAGAGAUGAUUACUAAAAAACGUUUUGAAUUUUAUUUAAAAAUUGUUUUUAAGUUAGGCAAGAUUCAGAUUCACAUCUGAAGUGUUGCUUUGGUUGACGUGCCCUUUCAAUGAUGUGUAAUAUAUAUAUAUAUAUAUAUACAGUGAUAUAUACUAUAUAUACAGUACAGAAAAGGCUACACGUAGGUUUAUAAAAGUGUAUUUACAAAAAAUAAUAAAAAUGUUGUUGAACCAUUA